ACAAGCCCAACAUUAUUUGAACGAAACUUAACCAAGUUUUAGGUGCAGUCUGGCUUAGAAGGUAGCAGUGAAUCGGAGCUAGCAAUGUUUUUUCUUAUUCUUUCAAUAAUUUCUUUGUCCGGUGUGUUAGGUCACUCUUGGUUGAGUUGUCCACAAUCAUUCGAUACGAAUCCUGUACGAGGAGGAUUUUUUGUUGGUCCUUGCGAGGGUUGGCACAAAGGGGGAAACACCAAAGUUAAAGCAGGAGAUCGGUUAAAGGUUGGAUGGACAUCAAACAAUCAUGCUGGAGGAUAUGUUCGUUUAGCUCUUGUACCUGAAGGACAACACAAAAGUAACAGAAAUUUUGAACAAAAUGUUAUGAAGUUAGCAUGCUAUGGUAAAGAUCAACGCCCUGGUAAAACUCUUUAUGGAGAUUGUAUUCAUCCAUGUAAUGCAAGACCUGGAUGCCAAUAUCAGUCAGAUGUCGGUGACGUCGAGAGAUAUGACACAACCGUCACCAUACCAACAAACUUAAAAGAUGGUACCUAUAUCCUACAAUGGGCUUCCUUAGUUGGAAAUAUCAAGGAGCCAUAUUUUAGUUGCGCUAAACUAACGGUAACCGGUGGAAAUCCAAAUAUGAAAUGUCAAUCAACACUGCCUCCAGUAACUUACACUUGUGAGAGGUCUGGGGGACCACCUAGAUCGCAGAUCACGAAAGGCAUCAAACGAGGAGAGUUCUGUUAUCACAAAGAUAAAAUGGGAGAUGUUGAUGAUCGCAUUAGAGAAGUUCCGAUCAAUGUAGAUUGUGAUGCUAGGAUUACAUGUGAUAACUCGAUCAACAAGAAGAACUGUUUCGCGCAUAAAAAUAUGGAUAAAAUUAAGAACGGCUGGGAUCCGAAACAACCCAACUGUGGAAGCGUGCAGCCCCCACCUCCACCCACUUGUGAUGAUAAGAAACAAAAUCAAGGAGAAAAAGAUGUUGAUUGUGGUGGUCCUUGUAAAGCAUGCCCUACAGCCCCAUCAAAUACUGGCCGAUAUCAUUCUGAUAUUAAGCACACAGUAGAGGGAAACUGGGGCCAAGGCAUUGUGGGUAAAAUCACCAUCUUUAUUAUCAAAACAGUGAGAAAACCAUGGCAACUAACAGUGCAAUACGAUAACCCAAUUAACAUUCAAAACACUUGGGGAGCGGUGGUAAAAUCAAGAAACAAAGGAAAUAAUAUUUUCACCUUCGUCAAAGAAAGUUGGGGAGUGAAUCCAAAAGCAGGUGACAAACUUGUUAUUGGUUUCUCAGCUUCAAAAGCACGUGAUGCGAAAGUUGUGCCGUUAACAAUGUCCUUCAAUGUUGACGAUGGUCAAACCUUUGUGAAACGUCACAUUGGUUCAUUGGGUCCGAAUCCACACAACAGAUGCGGUGAGACCCGAUGUAAACAAGGAUACGAAUGCAUCACCGAAAGUGACUCUCCAUGCAAGUCACGUGAUUGUAUAAGAGAAUAUUGUAGAAAGAUUUAAAAAUGUUAAGAAAAAAAUAUGUGUUCAGAAAAGACAAUUUUUUUUAA